AGGAUGUCUGGGAAGACAGGGAGUCGAUCAGGGCACGGUAGCCGCGGUGCCGGCUCCAACUCCGGGGUUCUAAUGGUUGGACCAAACUUCCGGGUCGGAAAGAAGAUCGGCUGUGGGAACUUUGGAGAGCUGCGACUUGGAAAGAACCUGUACACCAAUGAAUAUGUGGCUAUCAAACUGGAGCCUAUCAAGUCACGGGCGCCACAGCUCCACCUAGAAUAUCGCUUCUACAAACAGCUGGGAAGUUCAGAGGGUGUACCCCAGGUGUUUUACUUUGGACCAUGUGGUAAAUACAAUGCUAUGGUCCUGGAGCUGCUGGGACCCAGCUUAGAAGAUCUGUUUGACCUCUGUGACCGGACCUUUUCUCUAAAGACUGUACUCAUGAUAGCCAUACAACUGAUAACCCGUAUGGAGUUUGUCCACACCAGAAGCCUGAUCUAUCGAGAUGUGAAGCCUGAGAACUUCCUGGUGGGCCGGCCUGGCUCCAAGCGGCAACACACCAUCCACAUCAUAGACUUUGGCCUGGCGAAAGAAUACAUUGACCCAGAGACCAAGAAACACAUCCCAUACAGAGAACACAAGAGUUUGACUGGAACUGCUAGAUAUAUGAGCAUCAAUACACACCUGGGGAAAGAGCAAAGCAGGCGGGAUGACCUGGAAGCGCUAGGCCACAUGUUCAUGUACUUCCUGCGAGGCAGCCUACCCUGGCAGGGACUCAAGGCUGACACUCUGAAAGAGCGUUAUCAGAAGAUAGGCGACACAAAGAGAGACACACCAAUUGAAGUCCUCUGUGAAAGCUUCCCAGAAGAGAUGGCCACCUAUCUGCGGUACGUGCGUCGGCUCGACUUCUUUGAGAAGCCGGACUACGACUAUCUGAGGAAACUCUUUACGGACCUCUUUGACAGAAACGGAUACAUCUUUGACUACCAGUAUGACUGGACUGGAAAGCCACUGCCCACUCCUAUUGGGCCAGUGGCCAGUGAGACUCCACUUCAGACGAGCAACCGAGAGAAAGCACCGCAGACCAAAAAUCAGGUGAUGAGUUCAACCAAUGGGGAGCUGAAUACAGACGACCCCACUGCAGGACACUCCAACGCACCAAUCACAGCCAAUGCAGAGGUGGAAGUGGCUGAUGAUACCAAGUAAGAACACACUCACACAAGUUAGAGUACCAUUGUGGUAACGUAGAGUAUGUCAGCUCCUGCACCUCCGUUUUUAACUGUUUAGCAGUAACUGCAAAAAUAUCCAAGACCAAGACUUCCUGUGGCUCCAUCAGUCUUUGUACUACUGGUUUUUACCCUAAAAGCAGUGUUGACUCUCCACCAGCAGGAUGCUGACAGCCCAAAAAGUCUAUUUUUCUAACCGUUAAAAAUUCUGCUUCAUCAGAACUGUACGGGUGUGCUUUGAUCAAAAGCACCCAAAAAAUCAUCACAUGAUUCAAGUACUGCUAAAUAAGAUUGGUGGAUGGACGUAUGUGACACCUUUUUCCAACGAAGCCACAUCAGACCAGUGAGGAAAGAAGAAAACUCAAAUACAGAAAUCUGUAAUGUGAAAAUUGUGUCUGUGCAAUUGAUUGAUUGAGAAAAUAUAUGUUGCAUGAUAUUUGAGGGAAGGGCUGUCUGGUAUUGAUGGUUUGUGUGUUGUAGGUGCUGCUGUUUCUUCAAGAGGAGGAAGAGGAAAGCUCUCCAGAGACACAAAUGAAAACGAGAGACGAGAGAGAAACCCUGCUCUCUUUUUUUCACCAUUUUCCUUUCUCUCUCUCUCAGUUUCUAGCCCUCUUCAUAUAACCCUCUCUUUCUCCUCCCCCUCAGUCUCCCUCUGACCUUCCUCCUCAGCUGUUGGAGGUCCUGUAGUCUGCCUUGGGUCGGCUAGACUGGCCGGACCACCAGGCUGCAGAAUAUGUUUGCUCAGCUGAUCUACUGGUUUCUACUGGUCUGGACUGGCCAGACAGACGGACAGACAGAGUAACAUGUGUUUGCUGUUCACCUCGGAGCUUUAAAUGUGGACUAGCUGUGCCAGCGGUGGCGUCUUCAUGUAUUUACAGUCACAAACUGAACUGAAACUGGAUCAACACAAACUGCUGUGGGAAACAAGUGACCAGUUGAUAGACUGUACAAGGCAAGCUGAUUGGCUGACUGGCUAGUUUUCUGUUUUUUGGUUUUUUUUCUUCCUUACUGACUGGUUCAGAGGAGCGAGACAUGUAUUUCCGAGGAGAUACAGAAGAGAGAACAACGGAAGGAUGAGAAGCAAUGGGACUGUUGGACCACACGUGCACACAAAACAUACACACGGACACACACACACGUACAAACACGCUGCACACUUUGUCGAGCUCAUCAUAAAGAGACUUCAUGGACACGAAGACGCAGCUCUUGCACAUAGUCUAUAAAGUUUUUAUUCCCUAGGGUCGAUGGACGUGUACCGUGAGCGGCUUGGUCUAUUCCCUGCAACAGAUCAGACUCUGUGUACUUCUCAGAAUCAUUCACCCUCAGAGGAAAACCUCACAACCACCAGAAUCAAAAGUAAAAAAAGAUGUUUAUGUGAAAACUAUGCUUUUUUUCCUGUUUUAAUUUGUAACUAAAAAAAAGACAAUUUGGAACCUGUGUUUUUUUCUGUCUUUUUGAGUUGUUCAAAAAGUUUGUGUUUUGUAGCUUCGAGUGUGUUCCUCAAAUGUAUUUUUUUUAAUAACUUGUAUUUUAAAAUUUUUUUCUUUUUUUUUUUCCUCUUUCUCUCUGGGUUGGAGGGUUGAAAGGUGGAUAACUCCAUUAAAAAACAA